AUGGAUACGACAUCAAUUAUAUUCUGCAAAAUUCUUAAUUAUUGUAUUCAAGUGGGGAUAGUAAUCGGCCGCUAUUUUAUUUGUCUGAUCUCUAUUGGACGAUGGAUGGCAACGUCAGAGAAGGAGAACCUUCGAAGAAUGAUUUCUCCACAAGGUACUAAAUAUCUUACAGUCAUUGGGUCAUGCAUUAUCGCACUUUUUAUUGUACAUAUUCCAAUUGGAUUUCAAAUCAGCAAUAAACGAUGUUACGCAUCGUUCAGUGAAAUAUAUGUUAUAUUCUUCAAUAUCUACAGUAUGAUGAUUAUUACAGUACCAGUUAUUUUAAUGACAUUAUUUAGUAUUCUUAUUUUUGUAAAUGUUCGAAAAAGUCAUCAUCGUAUCGCACCGUCUUCCUCCGUUAAAUCCAAUGCUCAACUAACUUUCACAACAACCAAUGAAGUUAUUCAGCAAAGAGAUAUUCAGUUCAUUCGAUUAGCUUUAAUCCAGGUUUUCACCUUUGUGAUUUUUGCUAUUGGCUAUGGGAUUUACAAUGCAUAUGAUUUUUUGACAAGUUCAAUGAAGAAAACUUUUCAGCGACAAGCGACCGAAGCAUUUAUCAGCGAAAUAGCAGUCAACUUCAAUUAUGUGACCGCUGCGACCCCAUUUUUUUCUUAUACAUUGGCAUCGAAUAAAUUUCGGCAAGAUUGCAUACGAACAUUUCGUCGUUAUUACAGAAUUAUUCUGCGAUAUCUUGGACAAUGA